UAUCAAAAUAGUAAUUCGUUACAUUAUAAUGUAUUAUACAAUUAAAAUAAAGUAGUUUUGUGGGAGGAAUCGGGGGUUUUCGAAGUGAAUUCCGGUGAUUAUAUGUGAAUUCCGGUGAUUGUAAAUGAAUUCCGGUGAUUAGUCGGGCCCUAAUUAGCGUGUGUGCUUAGAAAAUAAGAUUUUUAAUUCUAGUCAGCAGUAUCUCAUAAUCGGUGCUGGCCACGUGAUUGAAUGUCAAAAAUAUUUGCUGUAGUUUAAUAAUAGUUUGACCGAUCGUAGUUUCUUUAGUAACGAAGUCUAAAGCCCGCCCCGUACCGCUACGACUACACACAAGCCGACAGGACUCAGCGUCUUGGGUAGUUGUAAAAAAAAAAUCGGAUCGCGCCUUUACUUCACUUGCCUACGACGGUACCAGUCCACACAGGCCCGACUCUCACAGAUUAUGCGUCGUGAGUUACGCCACUUCCCUCUAGCGAGUGAUUCCAAAAGUAAACCGGAAGCAUAAAUGUAGGACAACUGAUCGCGUCGUGUGAGUGUCCACACAAACAAGAUAAGUUACGACUGCAACCAACUGCAUCCGACUACGAUUGAACAUGUUCAAUCGGGCCGACAUACUGUACGGGAAUAAAUUAUUAAAAAUAGCGAGGUUCACCUAUUUUUAUUACGUACGGGAUUUGAAUAUUUUGACACGUGACUUUUAAUUGUGGUACGAAUUCGUCUGCUUAAAUAACGAUAAGAGUUAUGCCCCUUUAUUUUCGUUAAAAUGUCCGACAAGAAAAAAUUUGAAAUCCCAUCACUGAUUAGGACUUUGUACAUUGUACUUUUUACAUAUAAUCAAUGGAAACGACAUUGUCGCAGAGCAUUUAAUAUUGGCAGCGAUACCCUUCCAUACAACAGUAGCACCAAGCAUAUCAUCUCAACAAGAACCAGUUACUCAAACAGCUGUCAGUGGUAAGAAUUUAGUUAAAUAGUUUAAAAAAAAAAAAAUGAGGACCGAUAUCAAACAUUUGUCAUACUCUAGGGUCCCUACAUGUACGGUAUAUGGCAGAAUGAAAUAUUUACAAAAUGAAAGUUGUCAGAUGGUAAAUUCCACAUGCAGAGUCUGUCAAGAAAUAAAACCAAAAAAAAAAAUGCUAAAAUAACAAACUAAAUGAUUUUUGAUAGAAAAUGAAUGAAAACCUUACUACAUUUCCAUCCAAUAUAACAAACAAAAACCAGCAUUUAUUUUUAUGAAAGCUUGGCAACAGAUUAUUUUGUUAUUUGUUUGUUUAAUACAUAAUUCACAGAUUGAAUAAAAAUUAUUCUAAAUAAUUAAACCAAGAAAUUAAAUGUUGUAGAGAUAUAACAGUUGUUAUUUUCCAUCCGAGUUAUGCCAAUUGAUAAUUCAUCUAUAAUUUUAAAAGUAAUGGAAAUAAACAGUCUUUUCAAAGUUAUUAUAAGGUGGAAAUAACAUACUAUUAACUUAGAAAGGUCAUACAGUCAUUUCUAAACCUCAAAUGGUCAUUAUUUAUCAUGCAAUAUCUGUGGUUCUUUUUUGCUAUCUCUGGGUACUGUUACGUAAACACUCAUAUGAAGGAGCAAACCCGCUAAGCUAUCCCAAUAUAUGAAUUUUAAAUUCAUAAAAUGGUCCCUUGGUAUGAAUCAAAAUUGAUAAAUGACCUAUUAUUAGAUUUAUUUUUAUCUUCCUGUUGUGCAAAUAUACCAAGAAUUCAGUGAGAGAAGACUGAAGACUUUAGAUGGUUGGAGUGAACUAUGUUCGAAACUGUUGCAUACUCAUAUUGAGGAGUUGUCACCUGCAACCAGAGUUUGUAGUUGUUGUAGUGAAGUUGUGGAGAACAUUGUUUUCUGUGAGGAUUGUGGUCCUAUGGCAUAUUAUUGUGUGUCUUGUUGUUAUAGUCUUCAUAAGACUGUGAUGUUUCAUUCACCACAAAUUUGGAAGUUGCUAUGUUCCCAUGAACAUAUACUACCAUUUUAACGGUGCGAUACACAUUCCUGUGGCACAGAGUAUAUCUCUAGUGUCUAUGCAAUUGAUGUUAAAGGAAAUCAACAUAGCUGUCGAGUCAAUUUGUGUAGAUGUGAAGACGCAUGUGUGACCUUAAUGAGGUACCGAUUGUGGCCUUCUGCACCAAAAAGGCCAAGAAUUGUCUUUGACUUGAAAUUUAUGGAGCUGAUGGCAUCGCUCCAGUUGGAAUGUCAUGUUCCAGCCAAGGCCUUCUGCGAAGCUUUGGUUUCGCUUCAAAGCGAUUACAUUCUUUUGUCUCAUGAUUUUGUACGCGUUUAUAUAGUAAAAUACAGAAAGCUGAAAAGACAAUAUCAAACUGUUCAGACAUUAUUAGUAGUGUAACAACUAAUAUGAAUGUUGAUAUUGAUUCUGCAAAGAAUUGGCUGAUGAAAUGGAAAUCUGAAUUGGAUAAUGUCCCUGCAACUAAUUUAAAUUCCGAAGACUUAUAUGUUGAGAAUUUGUAUGUUAGUGAGAUGAAAAGACACAUCCUAGAAACAGGUCCUUCUGAUCUAACAGAAAAGACAAAGAUUGAGAGAGAUCUAGAAAGCCUCAAAAAAGAAAGAGCCAAAUUAAAAAAGAAUGUGUGCAAUUCAGUUGUAGAAAGUGAUGUCAAUUUUGAAAAUGAGCCUUUUAAUCGUAUUUUGAAAAGUGCUCAAAAAAAGCGCAGAAUUAAUAGCCUUGAAAAACUAAGACAGUAUUCAAGUGAACGACAGUAUUUGUCUUCAUUGAUGAAAGAGUAUGCAGAUGGUCAAGUUUUAGGCUCCUGUAUCGGUAGAAAGUUGACAGCAAAUACUGCCAAAAUUAAGAAAGAAUUAACUAUUCUUAACAAUGGACGUUUUACAUCCAGGACAGAGUUCAGUGAUGUUUCUUUACCAACGUUACCAAUUUUUGAUGAAUUGUCAGAGUGUUCUUUGAAUUCAGAUCAAAUAAAAGCUGCAGAAGCAGCUUCUCUGAAAGAACAUGCACAUGAAGAAAUGACAGUUGUUCAUUGUGAAAUUGCUGCUUAUCACCGAUACUUGUUGAGUGCAAUUAAUGAUAUAAGAUCUGAAACUAAAGAUCUACAGUUGUCUUCCUCCACCAAAGAACUUCGAUAUAUGUGUGGAAAAAUCCAUUAUUUAUCAACACAUCUUUAUAGAUUAACUAGACAAUAUAUCAAGUCAAAAGAAUUAUUUGAAUGUGCUGGAAUAGAACAUAAUUCGGCUACAGAUUUGAAUGAUUUGAUACUGUGUUAUAUUCAACCUGAAAAACCUUUGUCAUCUGAGGAAUUAAUAGAUAUAAUAACAGAUAUACAAAGCUGUGAUUUAGAAUUUGAUGAAAGUGAUGUUGAUGAAGCAAGUAGUGAUACAGAAGAUAGUGACUCUGAGUCGGAUGAUAAUUAAUGUUGUAUUGUGAAAGUGUAUUAGUAGCUAAAUAAGAUUUUCAUUUUCUUUUGAGAAUACUGUACAAGGCUUCGGCUAUAACUUUUUUUUAUCUUUGAGAUAUCUCGAUCUUUUCAAAACAUGAUCUUUUUGGUGGCAAUGUGUGAUUGGAAAUAUAGGAUUAUAAGUCCCUGGCGUGGAUGGAAUAAGCUCAUAAACUUUUUCCUGCUAUUAAUUGCCACACCCAUUUGCAAAUAUGGGUGAAAAACUGAAACCGCAACUAUGUCUUGUGUAGCAUUCUCAAUGUUUAAAAGUAACAUGAAAGUACAUUAUUUAUUUAUAUGUGGAUCUUUCAGUGUGAAAUUAAUAAUUAUCAGAUAUAUAUCACCAUGUACAAUUGUUUAGGUUGCUAUUAAUUAAGUAAACUGUCAUAUAGAUCAAUGGUUGUCACCACCAAUGUUUAUUGAAUCAUUUACCAUUGGACAGUUGACAAAAAUACCAAGCCAUUAACAGUUGCCAUUUGAGACAUCACCAAUUAGUAAACCACUUACUAGGAAACGGUUGACAGCAAUAUUUAGUAAUAGAGAGAGAGAGAGAAAUGGGGUUUAAUGUCCACUCGACACAAACUAGGUCAUUUCGGGACUAACAUAUGGUUUAAUUUUAUUUCAAUAAUUCGCUUGCGCGUAGGGGUCUUUAGCAGUGGGAGGAAACCGGAGGACCCGGAGAAAACCCACGAGGUUGGACAGGCGACCCUACUCCUUGUCACGUACAACCGGGGAUUCGAAACCACGCCAGUUGACUCAAUGACAGGCCUUAUGAUACAGCGCGAGCAUGCUAACCAUUCGGCCACCCAACCCCCCAUAUUUAGUAAUAGACUGUUGACAGCCCAACCUCGUAAUGAGACACCAAUAGCUUUUCAUGAUAGUAGUAUAUCACCAUAUUCAAUAGUAUAACAUGUCAGUAUAACCCAGUGGUAUAUGCCAUUUACAAUAGUAAAACAUGUUGUAAUUAAGUUAGUUUUCAUGAUAGUUGUAUAUCACCAUAUAGCAUGUCAGUAAUCAACUAGAGUAAUAACUAUGUACAAUAGUAUAACAUGCCAGUAAUUAAGUCAGUUAUUAUCUGGUUGUAUAUCUCCAUGUACAGUAGUAUAACAUGUUAGUAAUUAAGUCAGUUACAUAUAUAGUUGUAUAUCUCCAUGUACAGUAGUAUAACAUGUCAGUAAUUAAAUCAACUGUCAUCUAGUAUCAAGCGCUCAAUGUUCGCGUGUGACCUUUGACAUCACGCGUGCAGAAAUUCCUAAUCGUCGGGCUGUCGAUUAGGGGAACCCUUACAUUUUUGUCCUGUAUAUGCUCCAUGAGUGUUUUUCUGGGAAUCCAGUAUUUUUCUAGUAAGAUUGGAUAUCUCUACUUUCCAUAUAUACCAAAAUUGCCAUACUUUUAUUGGAAAUAACCACCCGAUAAAUACUUUUCUGGGAACCCAUCUUUAAGUAUAGUUGUAUAUCACCAAUAUGUACGGUAGUAUAACAUGCCAGUAAUUAAGUCAGUUAUUAUCUAGUUGUAUAUCUCCAUUUACCAUAGUUUAACAGGUCAGUAAUUAAGUCAGUUAUCAUCUGGUUGUAUAUCACCAUUGUUUAUAAUCAUGUACGGUAGUUUAACAUGUCAGUAAUUAAGUCAGAUGUCAUCAUAGUUGUAUAUCACCAUAUUAUGUACAGUAGUAUAACAUGUCAGUAAUCAACUAUCUUAGAGCAUGUACAAUAUCUUAGAGCAAUAACUAUGUACAAUAACAUGCCAGCAAGUAAGUCAGUUAUCAUCUAAUUGUGAUCUGGUUGUAUAUCACCAUAUAACAUGUCAGUAAUAAUAAAGUCAGUUAUCAUCUAGUUGUAUAUCUCCAUGUACAGUAGUAUACAAUACCAGUAAUUAAGUCAUCUAAUUGUUUAUAAUCAUGUACAGUAGUAUAACAUGCCAGUAAUAAGUCAGUUAUCAUCUAGUUGUACAUCUCCAUGUACAAUAGUUUAACAUGUCAGUAAUUAAGUAAGUUAUCAUCAAGUUUAAACCCCCCAUGUACAAGAGUAUGACAUGUCAGCAAUUAGGCCAAUGAUCAUCUAUCCGGUUGCAUCCCUCGUUAAUAAACCCAAUUUGAUUAUUGAUUCCAAUUAAGUCAGUUUUCAUGUAGUUGUAUAUAAUCAUGUACAGUAGUAUAACAUGUCAGUAAUUGCCAGUUGUCAUCUAGUUGUAUAUCACCGUGUAUAAUAGAAUAAAAAACAGUAAUUAAGUCAGUUGUCAUCAUAGUUGUACAUGUAUAUAACAAUGUACAAGAGUAUGACAUAUCAGUAAUUAAGCCAGUUGUCAUGAUAGUUGUAUAUCACCAUAUAACAUGUCAGUAAUCAACUAGAGUAAUAACUAUGUACAAUAACAUGCCAGUAAUUAAGUCAGUUAUUAUCUAAUUGUAUAUCACCAUGUACAGUAGUAUGACAUGUCAGUAAUAAAAUCAUUUACAUAUAUGUGUAAUAGUAUGUCAUAACCAGGUAGAAUUUUUUCUACCUUAACCAAAUUUAAGAAUUAAUAAUAACAAAAGCCCCGGUAUAGACUGUACGUGUCCCCUAUCUUCUGGCGGUAGACCUCUAAUGUCUGUGGUUGAGCACCCCCAUGAUAAUAGUAUAGGUUGUUAAUUAUUGUGUAGAUAUAUGUGUGUUUUAGUGUAAUUAUUAAGUCAUUACCUUUUUGGUUAUA